AUGAGCACGUUGGCCAAGCCGAACCAAUCAUCCUUGUCAUCUCCUUGGCUUAUGCUACCGCCUGCCUUUGACGUCGACGUUAUCGGUAGCGCGAGCAUGAGCUACAAGUUCUACCGCCUCGCCGACAACAAAAUCGUAACCCUAAGUACCGGAAAAAGCAGCAAAGAAAGAGAAUUAACGAACCCUCUUAUACGGUUUAGGGGAUCUUCACACGGCUGGCUAGCUUUGUACGACCACCGUAGCCUGGACGUGUUUCUUUAUAACCCAAUUACUGGUCGUCAUAUAAGCCUCCCUCCCUUUCGCCACUUUCCUGAUUACCCUCCCUCCUCAAAAGGACUAUACAAGAAGGUCAUCCUCUCGUGCUCCCCAGGCGGAUCAGAUUGUCGGGCUUUCAUGAUCUACAACAGCAUAGCUGCGCUGGCUUUCUGCUGCCCUGGGUUCAGCAAGGAGUGGACCCGAAUCGGAGAUCACCAUUGGUUUGAUCAAGAUUCGGGCAGGGCUGUAUCUGGGGGCGGCUACGCUGAUUGUGUCUACUCCACAAGACAUGAAGCAUUGUUUUGCCUCACAAGACGGGGCGUGUUGGAGUCUUGGGAUAUUCGGGAGCCUCAGUCACCGAGGGCUGUAAAGAUAUCUGAUGUUAAUAUGAGUGGUGGACGGCUCGGCUUCCCGAGGACAGGUAAGAAGAAGUUGUGGGUGACGAGUGUGCCGAAGGAGAAUCUGGUGGUUGCCGGGGAGGAUCUCCUCGUAGUGACUCAGCACGUGGUUAUUUCGUUUGAAUUUGAUGGUUUGUAUGUUGAUGGCAAUGCGCUGUAUACCUACACCGAGGAACACGGCCUUCCAGCUGUGACUGUUGAUUUUGAUGUUCAUAAAUAUGACCCUGAGGAUGGGGAACUUAAGUAUGUGGAAGGUUCGCAUUUGGGUGGUUGGGCUCUUUUUGUCGGCUUCCACAGCGAUGCAGUUGCGUUGCCGGCGGCUGAGUUCCCGGAGCUCAAGCCCAACUCCAUUUACUUCACGGAUGCAAUGUCAGAUGCGUUCGUUGAGGAUUGCCUAACUGGUGGCCAUGACAUUGGCAUCUUCAAUUAUGAGAACAAGACUGUGUCGCCAUGCUAUUUUCCAUGUGAUUCUAAGAACAUGAGAAAGACUUACCCAGCGCCUAUGUGCCAAAAAUGGGGUCUGUUCAUUCCGGCUUGGGGAUCGAGACAAGAUGAUAGUGACUGUAUAGGGGAGAGGAAACCGGAGCUGUACGUUGAGGGCAUGUUAUACGUUGAUGGCGCGCCAUUCGGGCUCCCCAUGAGAAUGAGGUUGGAAUCCGUUGGACCAUCAUAUUGUUGGAAUGAACUUGUUACUCUGAGUACCAAAUAUCGUGAUUUGACUGCAAAUUCACAACUUGCCGUAACGGAAUCUGGUGCAAAUUUCUUGAUUCCAUCCCCAAUAGCUUCAACUAAUGAACUUGUCACUGUGUGGGAUCCUGAACUUGGAAAAAUUAAUCCCUCUGAGCACAAGCAACUAAAGUUGGCCAGAAGUUUAAACCGGGGCAUAAUCGAUAGAGAUCUUAAAUCCAGCUCAACAGAAAGGAAGUCUAUUCAAGGAAUAUUAAGGUAUCCUCCAACAAGGACUUUGACUGGAGAGGAGAAGCAGUUACUUUGGAAAUUUCGAUUUUCAUUAAUGUCUGAAAAAAGGGCACUCACAAAACUUUUGCGUUGUGUAGAAUGGAUUGAAGUCCAGGAAGCCAAGCAGGCACUAGAACUCAUGAGCAAGUGGGAGACAAUUGAUGUCUGA